AUGACGAGAGAGGUAACCUCCCCUUUAACGGCAUUAAUUGUGGGUCAAACACCAACAUCACAAUUCCUAGGUUGGAGGCUAAGUCUAGGAAACGCUUUUAUAAUUUUAGCCUCUAAAUAUGUUUCAAGUGAUAGUUUAGUCUCGUGGAAAUCUUAUAAAUUUGGUGCAAACUUUUAUGCUCCUAAUAUAUUUGUUAAAGAGGUUCCUGAAUUAAGAGAAAAAUUGGUACAGGAAGAUGAUAAUAAUACUAAUAUCUAUAAGAUAGACGUUGUGGUAUUGGCACCAAUAUCCCUAGAUGAUUUGAAAACAGAUUGCCAAAUUCUAUCAGAAUUCACGGAUAUGGAUACAAUUGUAAUGAUAAGUUCAGACUUCGGCUGUGAAUUAGAACCUCUUGUAAUGGACUAUCUAAAUGGAAAUUUCAAAUGUGUAAUGUCAAUCGUUUGUGAUGUUGAAUGUAGACAAUUGUCCUUAGGGUCUUAUGUGCUAGUUAAUGACGAUCAUUGUAUUAUUCAUCUAGGUGUCACAUAUCAAUCAGAAAAUUUUGAAGAUAAAAAUAAAUUAUCACAAAAUAAAUUUAUGGUGAAGAAAGAAUUAUUACAAAUAAAUUCUAUUACAAAUAAAUUUUGUGAAAUAUUGACAUUAUCAAAAUGGUUACAAGUUAAUAAAAUUUUAUCGUCAACACAAAUGGCAUUAAUGUUAUGGGAAAUUAUUAUUCAAAAAAUUUCAUUAAAUAUAUUAUCAAUAAUUUACGAACAGUUUGACUAUGUCAAACUUUUAGAGACUAAAUCAACAAUGAAGAUUUACAAAGAUUUGGUCUUAGAAUUAAUGAAUAUUUGUUGCAUGCAAUGUGGUUCACAUAUUGAAACUUUUUUAUUACCUGGUGAAAAACUUUCAAUUGAUUUUAAUAAAAUUGUUGAAUUAAGUGUUAAGAGAAGUAAUGAAUUAGCAAAUGUUACAGUUAGUGAACACCCAGAAUAUUUAUCAUUAACAUUUGAAGCAUAUUGUUUUUAUCAUAGAUUUCAAUUCCCUGCACAUAUCUUAUUGUAUCAACCAAUAUUAUUAGCUAAAAAAUAUAAAAUGGUUAGUUCAAAUUUAAAUUUUUUAUUUGGAUUUUAUACAAGAUUAUUAAGUUUAAGUGGACUAACAAUUGAUGGGAAACAUUGUCAAAGGGUAAGUUCAAUGUUUGAAAAGACAAUAUUGAUGGAUAUUGAAGAAGAUCAAAAGGAUUCACAGAAUAUUAAGAUUGACCGAUCAAUAGAAGAACCAAAUGAAACAUUUCCAACAAUCUCUGCAGAAUUAGAAAAAUUAUAUAUUGAUGUUGAUGGUUAUACUAGUACAAAUGAACUUCCAGAAAUUGGUAAACAAAUCACGUCUAAUUUUCCAAAAAAUAUUGAUUCUUCAGUAUCGAUAGAGGUCUCAGAAUUAAGAAGUACUCCCCCAAAACAUUCUAAUGGAGUCAAUGACAAUAAUAAUAAUAAUACAAAUGUCGUUACAUCAAUUAAAAGUUUACCCAGUGAAACAGUUCUUAAUGGGAUGUGUGGUUCAAGUUCACAGUCGCCUGAUCAUAACAGCUAUAUAAAGGAAUCACUUUGGACAACAGAUUUCGAAACACACGGUGUAGUAGGGAUUCCUCAUCAAUAUUCAACAUCUACCACGACCAAUUCAAAUGGCUUUCAAUUGAAUGAAAGUAUUAGAUCUUUGGAGGUUCAAUUGAGAACAAGUAAACAUCUUUUUGCUAAGGAUUAUGAUCGAAUUAAUGGACAAUUACUGAAUGAGUCCAAAACAGUGACAAAGAAAGAACAUGAUCUAAUGAGACAAAAAUAUGCACCUCAGGAGACACAGAUUUGGAGGUUACAAAGAAGACUUAAUUUACAUCGAGGACUGGUUGGUGGAUUCCCUACCAAACCUUGUGAGGAUUUGCUGAACCAUAUAAAGAUUCUCAACAGAGGCAACACAGGAGAUGUCUUACCUUUCACCACGGCAAGGUUCGGAGUGGUCGACACAUUCCAUCUAUUAAAUAAGAAUAAAGAAAGUAUAAUGGCAUUGUUCGAUGCACAACACUCUACUGAACUGGCCAACUCCGAAGAAGAACCUACAAACACAUUACGGAUCACUGACAACAAGAACCACAACUCCCACUAG